AUGUCUGUGCCUACUCAAACCUCUGUCCUCGUUGUGGGUGGUGGUCCCGCCGGGUCGUACGCUGCUUCUCUGUUAGGCCGAGAAGGUGUCGAUGUUGUUCUUCUGGAAGCCGACAAAUUCCCCAGAUACCAUGUUGGAGAGAGUAUGCUUGCAUCUAUGCGUUUCUUCUUGAGAUUCAUCGAUCUCGAGAAGACAUUCGAUGAUCACGGAUUUGAGAAGAAGUUCGGAGCGACAUUCAAGAUAACUACCAAGAAAGAAGCCUAUACCGACUUCGCUGCUUCUCUUGGAAAAGGAGGCCACUCUUGGAACGUAGUUCGUUCCGAGUCGGACGAGCUAUUGUUCAAGCACGCUGGGAAGAGUGGCGCCAAAACUUUCGACCAAACCAAGGUGGACUCACUUCAAUUCGAGCCGUACUCACGCGAUAGAUUUACUGCAGAAGACCACUUAGCCAACCCAGGACGCCCUGUAUCCGCGGCUUGGUCUCGCAAGGAUGGCACCAGCGGUACCAUCAAUUUCGACUACCUCAUCGAUGGCAGUGGCCGUAACGGUAUUAUUUCUACAAAGUAUCUGAAGAACCGUCGAUUUAACGAGGGUCUGAAGAAUAUUGCCAUCUGGAGUUACUGGAAGGGUGCGGAGCGCUACAAGCAGGGCGAGGAUAACGAGAACUCCCCUUUCUUCGAGGCUCUAACUGAUGGCAGUGGCUGGGUCUGGGCAAUACCUCUUCACAACGGCACACUGUCGGUCGGCAUUGCGGCUCGCCAGGAUUUCUUUUUCGAGAGGAAGAAGACUUCCAAACUAGAAGGCAAAGCUUUCUAUACGGAGUACCUCGACCUCGCGCCGGGUAUCCAGCAAUUGUUGAAGAAUGCUGAAAUUGUGUCGGAACUGAAGCAAGCAUCUGAUUGGUCGUACAGCGCCUCUGCUUAUGCUGGUCCUCACUUCCGUAUUAUCGGCGAUGCUGGUUGCUUCGUCGAUCCAUACUUCUCCUCCGGUGUUCAUCUGGCUUUGACUUCUGGACUUUCCGCAGCUAUUUCCGUUCAGGCUGCUCGACGAGGUCAAGCUGAUGAGUGGAGCGCCGCCAAGUGGCACACAACUAAGGUCUCCGAAGGGUAUACACGUUUCUUGUUGUUGGUCAUGACAGUAUUGCGGCAGUUGAGAAUGAAGGAAGCUCAUCUCAUCACUACCGAGCAGGAAGAAGGAUUCGACAUGGCUUUCAAGAAGAUCCAACCCGUUAUUCAAGGCGUCGCUGAUACCGAAACGGAUGACGCGCGAGUUCAGAAAAAUGCGGCCGAGGCGGUCGAUUUCUCACUCGACUCUUUUGAGGUCACACCCGAGAAGCAACGUGCUGUCAUCGAUAAGAUUGAGAAAGCCCAGACAGCACCCGAAACCCUCGAAAAACUCACGCCCGAGGAGGUACACAUUUUGGGUGGCAUCGUGACACGGACUUUUGAGCGGGAGAAAGAUGAGCUGAACUUGACUAGCUUCACUGGCGAUGUAAUUGAGGGACUCUCAGCGAACCUCGUGCGUGGUGACUUGGGGCUCAUCAGAAAGGGGAAAAAGACGGUUACACCUGAGACUACUGCGACCAUGGAAAUGCUAGCUGUCGAAAGUAUCAAGUCUGUGGCGUAG